AAUAUCACCGAGGACGAUGCAUUUGGCCAACGUGUUCCGCGACGGUAUUGAGCUGACCAAUAAUGUGGCCGUAUCUGAAAUUGUAAGGUGAUGUCGGCCAUUCCACCAUCGAGCACCGAGGACGGGACUAAAUCCGAUCUUUCUCGAGGAUUCUCACUUGGCAGGCCACGACGCUGCCGGUCAUGGACCCACCGCGGCUCAACCGGACGUCCGCCCCGUCAGCGAAAAGGGUGAUAGGGUCCAACAACGCACAGCACACGGCAUCCGGCUGGCAAACGCCAAUGCUCAGCCUUCUUGCCGAGUCCCGAGUUCAGAGGGGGGCCAUCUGAAGGGCGCACCUCUUCGCUGGCACUCUUGCGCCUCGAUGCGGGCAUGAUCAACAACGUACGAAGUACGUGUCGAAGAUGAGAGGCGGGUGUCGCCUUAACAUCAGAAGACAACAUGAGACGUGGCCCGGCUCCGCCUUCGGGAACCCCAGCUCUGCCGUCCCCGGAGAAGACCGGUCCUCGCGCGGCUGCUGUGCUCCGACCAGGUCGGCGACCAAUCAGCGAACCCCGGGGUCGGGAGGCUGGCCCACCCCCGCGCAUUGUGCGGCGUUGCUCCUUUACACUACGCUAAUGAACCUCGCAGAAGGGAGAGGGGC